AUGAAGGUGGUAGCGUUAAUAAGCGGAGGAAAAGACAGUUGCUUUAAUAUGAUGCAUUGUGUUGCAAAUGGUCAUCAGAUUACUGCGUUGGCAAAUUUAAAGCCUCAUACAGAUUCUCGAAAAGAUGAACUUGAUAGUUUCCUUUAUCAAACGGUUGGUCAUGAUGCGAUUUCGUAUUAUGCUGAAUGUAUGGGCUUGCCCUUGUACAGACGUGAGAUUUUUGGUUGUUCGCUAAUACAAGAGGCGGAUUACAAGCUUACUACCGGUGAUGAAACCGAAGAUCUGUUUGAAUUAUCGAAAGAGGUUAAG